UGGGUGCUGCUCUUCGUCGCCGGCUCUCGCCCCCCGCCCUUGCUACACCCCCCCCAGCCGUCUCCCCUCGAUCUCAGCCCCACAGACUACUCUUCCUGGGGUUGCAAUGGCCCCCUCCAGACCGGGUCUCCCGCGCAGGCUCCUGCUCCUCUUGCUCUGUUGGAGCGCGGGUGUCUUAGUGGGGGUCUCCCCGCAGCUGGCCAGCAACGGUGGUAGCGGUGGCAACGGGGGGUGUCCCAGCCGCUGCCUCUGCUUCCGCACCACGGUACGGUGCAUGCAUCUGAUGCUGGAGAGUGUCCCCACCGUCUCACCCCAGACCUCCAUCCUGGACCUAAGAUUUAAUAGAAUUAGAGAAAUCCAGCCUGGAACUUUUAAGCGACUAAAAAACUUGAAUACAUUGCUUCUUAACAACAAUCAGAUUAAAAGAAUACCCAGUGGAUCAUUUGAAGACUUAGAAAAUUUAAAAUAUCUCUAUUUAUACAAGAAUGAAAUCCAGUCAAUUGACAGGCAAGCAUUUAAGGGACUUGCCUCUCUAGAGCAACUAUACCUGCACUUUAAUCAGAUUGAGACAUUGGACCCAGAAUCAUUCAAUCAUCUUCCCAAGCUUGAAAGGCUAUUUUUGCAUAACAAUCGAAUUGCUCACUUAGUCCCUGGAACGUUUAGUCACUUGAAUUCCAUGAAGAGAUUGCGAUUGGAUUCAAAUGCUCUCCAUUGUGACUGUGAAAUCCUGUGGUUGGCAGACUUAUUAAAGACAUAUGCAGAGUCUGGGAAUGCCCAGGCAGCUGCCACCUGUGAAUAUCCCAGGAGGAUCCAAGGGAGAUCUGUGGCCACUAUAACACCAGAAGAACUGAAUUGUGAAAGGCCAAGGAUUACAUCAGAGCCUCAGGAUGUGGAUGUGACUUCUGGGAAUACAGUCUACUUCACUUGCAGGGCUGAAGGCAAUCCCAAACCAGAAAUAAUUUGGCUUCGAAACAAUAACGAGCUGAGUAUGAAAACAGAUUCCCGUUUAAACUUGUUAGAUGAUGGAACUCUGAUGAUUCAGAACACUCAGGAGACAGACCAAGGAAUUUACCAGUGUAUGGCAAAAAAUGUAGCAGGAGAAGUGAAAACUCAGGAAGUCACCCUCAGAUACUUUGGUUCUCCAGCUAGACCCAGUUUUGUUAUCCAACCACAGAACACAGAAGUGUUGGUUGGAGAAAGUGUCACUUUGGAAUGUAGUGCCACUGGCCACCCACAGCCUCGGAUUUCCUGGACAAAAGGCGACAGAACGCCCUUACCAACUGAUCCACGUGUCAACAUUACUCCUUCUGGUGGUCUUUAUAUAGAAAAAGUAAUACAGGAAGAUAGCGGGGAGUAUAUAUGUUUUGCAGCCAACAAUAUAGAUAGUAUUCAUGCAACCGCAUACAUCAUUGUGCAAGCUGUGCCUCAUUUUACUGUUACCCCUCAAGAUAGAGUGGUUGUUGAGGGGCACACAGUUGAUUUCCAUUGUGAAGCACAGGGCUAUCCACAACCAGUUAUUGCCUGGACUAAAGGAGGGAGUCAACUCUCCGUAGAUAGAAGACAUCUAGUUCUUUCAUCAGGAACUUUGAGGAUUUCAAGAGUUGCCCUUCAUGACCAGGGACAGUAUGAAUGCCAAGCUGUCAAUAUCAUAGGCUCUCAGAGGGUGUCUGUACAUCUUACGGUGCAGCCUAGAGUUACUCCCGUGUUUGCAAGCAUCCCGAGGGAUAUGACAGUGGAGGUUGGCACCAAUGUGCAGAUUCCUUGCAGUUCUCAAGGAGAGCCUGAGCCAGUAAUAACAUGGAAUAAGGAUGGAGUACAGGUAACUGAAAGUGGCAAAUUUCAUAUUAGCUCAGAGGGAUUUCUCACCAUAAAUGACGUUGGACUAGCUGACGAAGGUCGUUAUGAAUGCGUUGCCCGGAACACGAUUGGAUAUUCCUCAGUUAGUAUGGUCCUAAGUGUUAAUGUUCCUGAUGUCAGCCGAAACGGAGAUCCUUUUGUAGCCACUUCAAUUGUAGAAGCAAUAGCAACAGUCGAUAGAGCCAUCAAUUCAACACGGACACAUUUGUUUGACAGCCGCCCUCGUUCCCCAAAUGACUUGUUGGCCUUAUUUCGAUACCCAAGAGAUCCUUACACUGUGGAACAAGCGAGAGCUGGAGAAAUCUUUGAAAGGACUUUGCAGCUUAUCCAGGAGCAUGUACAGCAUGGUUUAAUGGUCGACCUGAAUGGAACAAGCUACCAUUACAAUGAUCUUGUUUCUCCUCAAUACCUAAGCCUCAUUGCAAACCUGUCUGGCUGUACUGCCCACAGACGAGUGAACAACUGUUCAGAUAUGUGCUUUCAUCAGAAAUACAGGACACAUGAUGGAACUUGCAAUAACCUGCAACAUCCAAUGUGGGGUGCAUCUCUAACUGCCUUUGAACGACUCUUGAAAUCUGUGUAUGAAAAUGGGUUUAACUUGCCACGAGGUAUUAAUCCAAAUAGGCUUUAUAAUGGAUACCCACUCCCCAUGCCUCGUUUGGUUUCUACCACUUUGAUAGGAACUGAAUCAAUUACCCCUGAUGAGCAGUUCACCCACAUGACAAUGCAGUGGGGUCAGUUUCUCGACCAUGACCUAGAUUCCACGGUCGUUGCUCUCAGUCAAGCCCGAUUCUCAGAUGGUCAGCACUGCAGUUCUGUCUGCACCAAUGAUCCUCCCUGUUUUUCAAUCAUGAUUCCACCCAAUGACCCCAGAGUCAGAAAUGGUGCCCGUUGUAUGUUCUUUGUACGUUCCAGUCCAGUGUGUGGCAGUGGUAUGACCUCUCUGCUCAUGAACUCUGUUUAUCCCCGAGAGCAAAUAAACCAGCUUACUUCAUAUAUAGAUGCGUCUAAUGUUUAUGGGAGCUCAGAUCACGAAGCCCGGGAAAUCAGAGAUUUGGCCAGCCAUAGAGGCCUCCUGAGACAAGGCAUAGUACAGAGAUCAGGGAAGCCUCUUCUUCCCUUUGCAACUGGCCCACCAACUGAAUGCAUGAGAGAUGAGAAUGAAAGUCCCAUUCCUUGCUUCUUAGCUGGAGAUCACCGUGCUAAUGAGCAACUUGGGCUAACCAGCAUGCACACACUGUGGUUUCGAGAACAUAAUCGUAUUGCUACUGAAUUACUAAAACUCAAUCCCCAUUGGGAUGGUGACACUAUAUAUUAUGAAACACGUAAAAUUGUUGGUGCAGAGAUACAACAUAUCACAUAUAACCACUGGCUACCAAAAAUCUUCGGUGAAGUUGGCAUGAAGAUGCUUGGGGAAUAUAAAGGUUAUGAUCCUAGUGUUAACUCUGGCAUUUUCAAUGCCUUUGCAACGGCAGCUUUUAGGUUUGGUCACACACUCAUCAAUCCAAUACUGUAUCGACUAGAUGAGAACUUUGAGCCCAUCCCACAGGGCCACAUACCUUUGCACAAGGCCUUCUUCUCACCAUUCCGGAUUGUGAAUGAAGGUGGCAUCGAUCCCCUCUUAAGAGGAUUGUUUGGAGUUGCCGGAAAGAUGCGCGUGCCUUCUCAGUUACUGAAUACUGAACUGACAGAGAGGCUGUUCUCCAUGGCUCAUACUGUGGCCCUGGAUCUAGCAGCAAUCAAUAUCCAGAGGGGCCGAGAUCAUGGUAUUCCUCCCUAUCAUGACUUUAGAGUGUACUGUAAUCUUUCCUCUGCUUCCACAUUUGAAGAUCUGAGAAAUGAAAUAAAAAAUCCUGACAUUCGAGAGAAACUUAGAGGAUUAUAUGGCUCACCAUUGAAUAUAGAUUUAUUUCCUGCUCUCAUGGUGGAAGAUUUGGUUUCUGGCAGCAGACUUGGCCCAACUUUGAUGUGCCUUCUAAGUACUCAGUUUAAACGUCUACGAGAUGGGGACAGAUUAUGGUAUGAAAACCCUGGAGUAUUUAGCCCUGCUCAGUUGACACAAAUCAAGCAGACAUCCCUUGCCCGAAUUCUGUGUGACAAUUCUGACAACAUCACUCAUGUGCAAAAGGAUGUCUUUAGAGUGGCUGAAUUCCCCCAUGGAUAUGGAAGCUGUGAUGAAAUCCCCAAAGUGGACCUAAGAAUGUGGCAGGAUUGUUGUGAAGAUUGUAGGACUAGAGGGCAGUUUAAUGUAUUUUCAUAUCACUUCAGAGGAAAACGCUCUCUUGAAUUCAGCUAUCAGGAAGACAAGCCAUCAAAGAGAACCAAAGCACAAAAAAUACUAAGUACUGUAAAGCACAGUAAGCCUUUCAAUAACUUCACUUCUUCCUCUGAUGAACACAUGAAUGUACCAGCAACAAAUGACUUCAAAGAGUUCGUUCUAGAAAUGCAAAAGACCAUCACGGGCCUCAGAAAACAGAUAAAGAAACUUGAAUCACGCCUCAGCAAAACUGAAUGCACUGAUGAAAAGGGUAAAUCAUACUCAAGCAAUGAAAAAUGGAAAAGAGAUUCAUGUACUGUGUGUGAAUGCAAGGAUGGCCAGAUCACUUGUUUUGUGGAGUCUUGUCAGCCGACUAGUUGUCCAGCCCCAGUGAAGAUCAAAGGAGAAUGUUGUCCAGUCUGCUUAAAAAACACUGUUAGCAAGCAAAAGAAGCCAUAGCUGCCUGUAUA